AAUUCCUCAGUAUGUCGCGCGGUCUCUCCGCGUUCGCGUUUUCCGAAUUUUUGACCACUCUACCUUCUAAUAAUUUAAUUAUUACAUCAACAAAAAAAGUCAUUCACAGAAACUUUCAUUUUUCAACCCGUUAAUCGUUUCAUUAAUCAUACUUUUAUUUAUUUUUGCAUAAAAAAAAUUACCAUUGUUUGGAAAAAAACUUGGAUUCUAUUCGAGGAACGCAGAUAGUGUGAAUAAAAACACUGAUUUUAUUUAUAUUUUAAGAAUAAAGAAAGGAAAUUAAAACUUAUUUAUUGGGAUGCGGAAUAGAAUGGGAAGGACAAUGCUGUUGUCCAUGACAGUAAUAUGUCUAAUUAAUGGUUUGUUAGCGAUAGACAAUCUAAAAGUGAUGUAUCAAUGGAAACAAAUUGACUAUGACUGGCCAAAUAAUGAGACGAAACAAAUGUUUCCAUUUUAUCGUCAGGAAGAUAAUUUGCCCUUGGGAUUGGAGGUCGCUGGAAAUAGAUUGUUUGUAACGGUUCCGAGAUGGAAACCAGGCGUGGCUGCUAGUUUAAACUACAUUAUGCUUAACGAUACACGGGAAUCCCCGCCUUUAAUACCAUAUCCAACAUGGGAGGCACAUCAAUAUAAACCAGGUGGAAAAAUACCCGAUAUUGUAUCAGCAUUUCGUAUAAGAGCUGAUCGUUGUAAUCGAUUAUGGGUAUUGGAUACGGGUCUCAGUAAUAUUGCCGAUACACCGGAAAUGCAAAAACCACCGACAUUAAUUAUUUACGAUCUAUCAAAUGAUCGUAUUUUACGUAAUUACACAAUACCUGAAAAUCAAAGAACAGCCGAUUCAUUAUUUGCAAAUAUUGCCGUUGAAGAUGAAUCUUGCACUGAUAGUUAUGGAUAUUUAGCUGAUCUUGGUGGUCCUGGUAUUAUUGUCUAUUCAUGGCGACAUCAUAAAUCAUCACUUGUUAAGAAUAAAUUUUUCCUUCCUGAACCUGAGAGUAGUAAAUUUAAUGUCUCGGGAAUAGUCUUCCACUGGAAUGACGGAAUAUUUGGUAUGGCUUUAGAGCCAACUGGAGAUGGUUAUAGUACAUUGUAUUUCCAUCCACUUUGCAGUACAAAAGAAUAUUCCGUUAGCACAAAACUUCUCAGGGAUGAACAACUUGCCAAUAAGCAAGAAUCUGAAAAUCAGUUCAAAGAAUUAGGAUCACGAGGUAUAAACGGACAGAGCAGUGUCAGCUUUUUGGAGCCAAAAUCGGGAGUUCUUCUUUACGCUUUAGUGAAUCUCAAUGCGAUUGCAUGCUGGAAGACUGGUACACCAUAUGAUAUUCAAAAUCAUCGACCUAUUUAUAUGAAUAACGUUACUUUGGUAUUCCCGAAUGAUCUUAAGAUUGAUCCGAAUGGAAAUAUUUGGGUGCUCUCGGAUCGACUGCCACAAUUUAUGUACGAUCGAUUGGAUCCAAAUGAUUAUAAUUUUAGAAUUUUAACUGGUUCAAUGAAGGAGGCUGUUCAGGGAACGGCGUGCGCUGCUGAUUCAUCUGCACGUUCAACACAGACAACUAACAAUAACAAUCGAAAUGGAUAUGGCCGAAGUGAAAAUGGUUUUGAUGUAAAGCCCAAUGGAAGUGAAAGACCAUUUUGCUCUUAUGCAAUUGUACUUUUAAUGACAAUUCUUAUCAAAACAUUCUUCUAAGUCUGUAUUUUUAUUUUUCUUAAUUUACUUUUUACGAACAUUUAAAAAUUAAGUCUGUAAAUUACUGCAUUUUUUUAGAUUUUAAGAAAAAGUUGCUUCCUUUUUUGUC